GACUGUAUACCAAGCUGUCGCCCACGAAACGCCCGUGAUUUUGAACUUAUUUUCCCCAGGAUCCGGCUGCGGCUGGCCGGCGUACCGCUAUUCCCCACUGCCAGCAGUCACUAGCCUAGCCAGAUAUGUGAGCAUCGCAGCUCUUUGGAGCGCAACUUUAAGUAUAGUAGCUGUCUGACAGUCGUAUACUUUAAUCUAGUGAUCGUCCUUAACGAAUGCUUUUCUUCAUGUCUUAUACGGUUGCUGUAUGUGAGAUAGGCUUGACGUGGCGUUCACGUGGCUUCACUUUUACUAAGAUUUGGCAUUAUUUUAAUUUACACGAAAGAUUUCCAAAGCUUAACCCCAAAAAUAGUGAGUAGUACAAAAUUGUAUAAGAUUUGUCGUUUCGUACUUAUUUUACUCCCGCGAAGCUUCCUUUUGUCAUUCAGUUUUUAAGUUGUUUACCUUUUUCAGUUAAAAUUAGUAAUUAGUGCGUACACAUUGUGUUCUUUUUACCCAAGUACUUGUGCUUUCACUUGUGAAUAUGUUACUUUCCCAAUGGUUUAAAAUGUGUUUUGUAACGCACUCAUUCUGCUUUGUGACCAAAGUAGACUUAAUACACUACAAACCUCCAGGGCAGUUGAUUCUGUUGUGCAUGUAAUGCAGGGAGCUUAUCUAUCUUUAAGCUGUAUGGUAUGUUUUUUGUGUCUUUUUGGAGAAACUGGAGGUGUAUAUCCUUUGAUUCAUUCAAACUUUACAGAGGUUUAUGUGUUUCAGAAAUGGGAUUGCAGGACAGGGCGAUGGCCUCGCUGGGGCUCUGCUUACUAUGGGCUGUACUGUCCCAGAGUCAGCAGCCCCUAGACCCAGAAGAUCAGGAAGUCUUCCAGCCGCAGAGCACCCUUUCAGACAUGGAGUUCACCACUGUGAGCUCAUUCCGCGGCCCAGGCAACAAUGACUCGCGCGGCAACAAGGAGCUCCCCAUCUUGCUGUGGUGGACCGCAGGCCUUUUCCCGCAUUUUCCCGGCGACACGGAGCGCAUCGACUGCGCCCGCUCCUCGUGCAUGGUCACGCGCCUCCGCAAGGUGCAGCUGCACCGCCGCACCACUGCCAUCAUCUUCUACGGCACUGACUUCCGGGCAUAUGAGGCGCCAUUGCCCCGGUUGCCCCACCAGACGUGGGCGCUCUUCCACGAGGAGUCGCCGAUGAACAACUACGUCCUGUCACACAGCCCCGGCAUCCAUUUCUUUAACUACAGCGCCACCUUCCGCCGGGAGUCUGACUACCCGCUCACGCUGCAGUGGCUGCCCACGCUCGACUACCUGCUGAGCCCGCCGGUGUUCUCGCUGCAGCAGAAGAACAAGUGGCGCAGGGCGGGUCUGGCCCCCGUGCUCUACAUGCAGUCCCACUGCGACGUGCCCUCCGACCGGGAUCGCUAUGUCCGCGAGCUCAUGAAGUACAUAGAGGUGGAUUCCUACGGUCAGUGUCUGAACAACAAGCCUCUGCCGGAGCGUCUGGAGGACACGAGUACGGCCACGGGAGAGGAUGCCGAGUUCAUGAGCUUUGUGGCGCGCUACAAGUUCCACCUGGCCAUGGAGAACGGCCUGUGCGCGGACUACAUGACGGAGAAGCUGUGGCGGCCACUGCACCAGGGCUGUGUGCCCGUGUACCGGGGCUCCCCCUCUGUGGCGGACUGGCUACCCAGUGAGCCCUCCGCCGUUCUGGUCGAUGACUUCCCCUCCCCCCGUGAGCUCGCCCAGUACCUGAAGGCACUAGACGGCGACGACGCGGAGUACGCCCGCUUCCUGGAGUACAAACUCCCUGGACGCGUUACCAACAUCCGCCUGCUGGAGGCGAUGCGGGACCGGGAGUGGGGAGUCAACGACAUGAGCAGACCUAACUACCUCAAUGGCUUCGAGUGCUUCGUGUGUGACCGGGAGAAUGAGCGGCUGGCGGCCACACGGGCCCAUCGCCGGGCUCCCAAGAAAAACCCCUUACCGCCGGCGAGGAUGGCAAAUAGCUCCCACAUGGGCUGCCCCCUGCCCUCCCCCGGCUUUGGGAGCGUCGUUGACCUUCCCGCCAAUGACAGCUGGCUGCAGAUGUGGCCCCCAGAUUACUGGCAAAGCCUGGACCAAGCAGAGGGGCUGCAGUCUCUUAUCCAGCACAACGAGUCAGACCCGGGGCUGCUGUGGCACUAUAUCCAGAAGCUGGCUGCAAGUAGGACUGGAGGCGUUUAGAGAAGAGCAGUGCGGACUGACUGAAAUGGUGACGUGGGCUCAUGUUUUAAGGCGAGGGGUCCGGCUGUUGUACCCUUGAGGAAGGUUGGCCAGCCAGUGCUUUGCCAUGUAUAGAUGGAAGACCAUAAGACUGGGUCAGGAUUAACAGAAUAUCGUUUCCUGCAGAAAUAAGGGAAUGCUGGAUUUGGGUUUGCACAUAUAUAAGCUCACUAAAACUUUUUUCCAGGAAUUAAAACUCAGGAAAUUGCCUCUUUUAUAGGGCACAAUAUUCCCACUGUGCUUAGUGUUUAUCUGCAGAUUGAAGUUGUUUACAAUCGAAUCUGGUGUACAUCCCCACUGGUUUCACUUCCCACCAUCACAGGUUUUGUACCAUUUACCAAGUUUUGUAUCGUUCUGUUUUAGUCACUCAUUUUAUUAUAGAUUGCACAUGUCUGUA